CGCUGGCCAGCCCGCCCGGGGGAGACCCAGGCCGGGCUGGGGAACCUGCUGCCUCGGUUACCGGGGAGCAACACAGCCGCUUCGGGUUACAGGUGCGCCUUUGCGCGCUGCGCCAUGGAGCGCUCCCUGCACCGGGUGUCCCUGGGCAGCCGGCGGGCCAGGCCAGACCUGUCCUUCUAUCUCACCACCUUCGGUCAACUGAAACUGUCCAUUGAGGCCCAGGACCGGGUUCUGCUUCUUCACAUCAUGGAAGGCAAAGACCUGAUGAGCAAAGUGCCUGGCAUCUGUGAUUCCUACGUAAAGAUUUCUUUGAUCCCAGAAGAUCAUCACCGGAUCCGCCGCCAGAAGACACAGGCAGUGCCAGACUGCAGAGACCCGGCCUUCCACGAACGCUUCUUCUUCCCUGUCCAGGAGGAAGAUGAACAGAAGCGUCUUCUGGUUGCUGUGUUCAAUGGGGCAGGUAACUCCAGACAGAGCAGACUCAUCGGCUGCAUGAGCUUUGGGGUGAAGUCCCUCCUCACCCCACAAAAGGAGAUCAGUGGCUGGUACUACCUCCUUGGGGAAAACCUGGGCCAGACCAAGCACUUGAAGGUGGCCCGGCGUCGUCUACGGCCCCCCAGACGAGAUCCCCUGCUACGAAUGUCAGGAGUCGAGGACAUUGAGAAUGGGGAGAACAUCCAGAUCACAAUCCCGAGAGGCAAAGAUGGCUUCGGUUUCACCAUCUGCUGUGACUCUCCCGUCCGGGUGCAAGCGGUGGAUUCUGGAGGCCCAGCUGAGAGGGCAGGGCUACAGCAACUGGACACCCUGCUGCAGCUGAAUGAGAGGCACGUGGAACACUGGAAAUGCGUGGAGCUGGCUCACGAGAUUCGGAGCUGCCCUGGUGAGAUCAUCCUACUCGUGUGGCGUAUGGUCCCCCAAGUCAAACCGGGGCCGGAUGGUGGGGUCCUGCGGCGAGCCUCCUGCAAGUCUGCCCAUGAUCUUCUGUCACCCCCCAACAAACGGGAGAAGAAUUGUAGCCACGGGCCCCCAGCCCGGCCACAACAGCGCCACAGCUGCCACCUGGUGUGUGACAGUUCCGAUGGGCUGCUGCUAGGUGGCUGGGAACGCUACACUGAGGUGACCAAACAUGGCGGCCAGCACACCCUGCCUGCACUCUCCCGUGCCACGGCCCCCACAGACCCCAACUAUAUCAUCCUGGCCCCGCUGAACCCAGGGAGCCAGUUGUUGCGGCCUGUGUACCAAGAGGAAACCAUCCCCGAAGGUGAAGAAUCAGGGACCCCCAGUAAAGCCAAGUCCUCUGUGGGCCUGGGCAAGAAGUCUCGACUGAUGAAGACAGUACAGACCAUGAAGGGUCACAGCAACUACCAGAACUGCCCGGGCCUGAGGUCACACGCGCCGCACUCUAACUACGGCACCUACGUCACCCUGGCCCCCAAGGUCCUGGUGUUCCCCGUCUUUGUCCAGCCCUUAGAUCUCUGCAACCCUGCACGGACGCUUCUGCUGUCAGAAGAACUGCUACUGUACGAAGGGAGGAACAAGGCAUCCAAGGUGACACUGUUUGCCUACUCGGACCUGCUGCUUUUCACCAAGGAGGACGAGCCUGGUCGCUGCAACGUGUUGAGAAACCCGCUGUACCUGCAGAGUGUGAAGCUGCAGGAAGGCUCUUCUGAGGACCUGAAGUUCUGCGUGCUGUACCUGGCAGAGAAGGCAGAGUGCUUAUUCACCCUGGAAGCGCACUCGCGGGAGCAGAAGAAGAGGGUGUGCUGGUGUCUGGCAGAGAACAUCGCGAAGCAGCAACAGCUGGCCGUACCCCCAGAAAGCAAGAUGCUUGAGCUGGAAACGAAUGAGAAGGGAGAGAUGGCUUCGGGGGAAGAAAAGGUGGCAAGUGCCAAAGAGCCCCCACCUGGUAAUGAUCCCUCUCCAGGCCAGAUGCCUCCUCAAGAACAAGUCCCCUCAUCUAACCAAGACUCCUCAGGCCAGGACUGUCCAGGCCAAGACUUGCAGUCGUCCAGCACAGACCUGGCUACCUGCAAACAAGAUGCUCCAACCCCUGAUCCAGGAGCAAACCAGGACCCCCCACCCAGCCAGGAUCCCCCACCUAACAAGGACUCUCCACCCAGCCAGGAGCCCCCUCCACCCAGCCAGGACCCCCCACCUGGUCAAGAAGUACCUCAAACCUCAGACGACACCCCUUGCCAGGACCUUCCUGCAGGUCCUGAACCUACUCCUAGACAAGACCUUCCAGACAUCCCAGAUGCCCCAGCCCCAGAUCCUCCACCUUGCCCGCAGCUGCCUACCAGUGGGGACCCCCUGCCAGCAGAGGCCAAGGAGACCCCAAGUUCCAUGGACCCACCAACCACCACUGGGGAGCCUCCCGGAGCCUGUAAGCCCAGUUUUGUGAUCCCAGAGGUUAGGCUGGACUGCGCCUACAGUCAGGGGGGUGCUGAGGGUGGUGGCAGCUCGGGCGGUGAGGAGGAGGAAGAGGGGGAUGAGGAAGGCGAGGAAGAGGAAGAGGAAGAGGAGGAGGACACCAGUGAUGACAACUAUUUGGAGCAUGGCGAGGCCAAGCGCAGCAGCAUGAUUGAGACAGGCGCAGGUGCAGAGGGUGGCCUCUGUCUCCGAGUGCAGAACUCGCUGCGACGCAGGACGCACAGCGAGGGGAGCCUUCUGCAGGACCCUCGGGGGGCCUGCUUCUCCUCUGAUACCACCCUGCACUGCUCAGACGGUGAGGGGACCUCUCCUGGAUGGACCAUGCCCUCGCCUGGCACGCUCAAGAAGGAGCUGGGGCGCAAUGGGGGCUCCAUGCAUCACCUCUCCCUCUUCUUCACCGGUCAUCGGAAGAUGAGCGGGCCCGACUCAGUUGGGGAUCACGACGAAGCCUCACGGAAGAGGAAGAGCAAAAACCUAGCCAAGGAUAUGAAGAACAAAUUGGGCAUCUUCAGGCGAAGGAAUGAAUCCCCCGGGGCACAGCCAGCCGGCAAGACGGACAAAGUGAUGAAGUCGCUCAAGCCCACUUCGGAAGAGGCUCUCAAGUGGGGGGAAUCCUUGGAGAAGCUGCUGCUUCAUAAGUAUGGCUUAGCCGUGUUCCAGGCCUUCCUGCGCACAGAGUUCAGCGAGGAGAACCUGGAAUUCUGGCUGGCCUGCGAGGACUUCAAGAAGGUCAAGUCGCAGUCCAAGAUGGCAGCCAAGGCCAAGAAGAUCUUCGCCGAGUACAUCGCCAUUCAGGCCUGCAAGGAGGUGAACCUGGACUCGUACACUCGGGAACACACCAAGGACAACCUGCAGUGUGUCACGCGGAGCUGCUUCGAUCUGGCACAGAAGCGCAUCUUUGGGCUCAUGGAGAAGGACUCGUACCCACGCUUCCUCCGCUCGGACCUCUACCUGGACCUCAUUAACCAGAAGAAGAUGAGCCCCCCACUCUAGGGGUACCCCGGUCAACUCCACCACAUGUACACCAGGCAGCCUGGGCCCCGACCCGGCUGCUCCCUCCCUGACCAGGAUGGAGGGGAUCAGCCAGUCCCCCCCUCCCCAGAGGCUACUACGUCUACGGACGGACGGAUGGACGGAUGGAUCAACGGAUGGACCAUUGGAGUCAAGGCCUGGACCAAGAGAGGCCCAGACCACCAUCUGCUGGAAGAGAAGCACGGGCCAGCCCCGCAGGUCCCCACUUCCUGGGUACGAGGGGGCCCCAGGGCCCUGGCAGGUCCGGGAGCCUGAACUAGUCAGAUCCGGAGCUACUGUUGUCCAUUCCGGAGACUUUGAUUUGGCGAGUUUCUUCUAGAAACUGGUGACAAGGAAGACCAGGACGAUGAGAAUGAUGACGACGAUGAGAAAUGACGACAAUGAUCGUGGCAUGAUAGCUAGGCUGGGCUCGGGGGUACACAGCUCAGCCCCCCCACCCCCCGGGUCCUGGGUUUUAUUUAUUUAAACAGUAAUAGGAUGCUUGGCACAGCGGCCUGUCCUAGGAAAACCUUUUGCCUCAUCAACUUUUCAAAUCUUCAAGUGCAAUAUUUUAACGGCCGCCUUGUUAGCGCCACUCCUUGCAAGGACUGAUUGGGUUUGACCAGUGGGUCUUGGUGCCCUCCCUCAGCGCUGGACCUACAGACUGAUUGACCUCACCCAGAAAUCCAGCCUCCCUGGGGGAGGGGGUCCCUCCAGGGGGGUGUGCUCUGGAAAAGCAUGGCCCCCCCUCUGACCACACAGCAGCCAAGUUCUGGAACCAACAAUAAAAGGCCUGUGUUGCUUGUU